AUGAGAACUCGUGCCCUUCCUCAGCCAACACGCCACAUGCAUAGCGUGCCUUCCAGUAGCUUCCAUGUUCCAUCACAUUCGACAGAGACAGAUAACCUACAAUGGCGUCUUUAUCCAUCUAAUGAAGGUAACUCUGCGGAACAACGUCGUGUUUGUGUUGUUCUUCCACCACUAAUUCCACACGGGAAUCCUGCUAUGACCAAUUGCGAGUUGCCACUCCCUCUAGGUGAUCCAUAUAAUAGGCAAGGAAAAAUUCAUGGUCAAAGACAUACCCCUAUGGAGGCAAACCAGCCUUUUCGAGGUCCAAUGUAUGAGAAGCCCUUUGAUCCAGCCCCGCACGCUGCGCUGCCUGAACAUCGACCUCAGGUGUAUUUUCCACAAGAACCACGUAGUAACAGCGAUGCCCCGCCUCCAUUACCUCCGCACUCAAAACCUUCGGCUCCAUGUUCAACUCUCGUUCUACCUAUUUCCCAUGCCCCAGCAUCGUACGAUUCUGGCUCCUACCAAAGCCAGACCUAUGGUACGCGCCAGCGCAAGGGUGCACGGGCACAACAGGCUUGCGAAAAUUGCCGGGCAAGGAAAGCGAAGUGCGAUGAAGGAAGGCCGUCAUGCAGCCAUUGCAAGGAUAAUCGCCUAAGCUGCUUUUACAGAGAAUUUCCUCAUAAAAAAUACGAUAAGGGGACACAACUCCUCUUUGACCGAAUACAGUCAUUUGAGGACGAAGUAAUGGAUAGAUUCGAUUGCUUAGAUCAACUUAACACAGAGUAUGGGAGCCAAUUUAACACAGUCCUGGCAAAGAUUCAAGAUAGCUCUGCACCCAAGGCACCACGGACAUCAAUAGUCCCUGAGUUGAUGAAUAAGGACUCGCUAGAUAUGCUGCAACGACCCAAGGCCAAAGACGAUAAUAUUGCUACAGCUCUGAAGCAACUACCGGAGUGCAGUGAAGCGGCCACUAAUCAAGGCGUACGGCCUGGCGAGUAUGGUGAGCUCUCAAUUCCUAUAGAGCAUACGACAGCAGCUCAUAAGUUGCUAUUGUGGCCUUCUAUCCAAAAUUUACUUCUUCCAACAAGGUAUGAUGACGAUUAUGUAAUGAAACUCGAAGAACAAAGAGGUCUUAUCUGUGUUUACGGUCGUGGGGAGGGAGACGAGACCAGUGAAGAUAAUAGCCCGUCGGCAGCACCAACAAACUCCAGUACGGGCUGCGAUGAAGACGAGCCAUACUACGCAGCAGCCUCCCCUGGUGACCCCUGGAGUGUGGAAGCAAAGCAAGAGCAGGCUAAACUUGCAAACAAAGGGAUUGAUGAGAACGGUAUCCUAACCGCAGAUGCUAACGAUGUUCACCGCUACUAUAAAAGUUAUAUGAAGCAUAUGCACCAGCUUCACCCAUUCCUUGAUCACGGCUAUUUGGAGAAUAUGAUUAACCAGUUCAUUGAGAUUAACUGUCCUCAAACAUGCUCUGCGGCAAUCUCUGAAGUGCCUAAUAAACACGCUAAUGAUUUUCCUCGGGGUAGGAAACGGAAGCACUCAUACGAAGACUUCAAAGGCACCGGAUGCGAUGUGCAAUUCCAUGCAGGGCAAGGAAGCUACCAACGCAUUGAGUACUCCGUUCAUAAUGCGAUUAUUCUCUUGGUCCUCGCCCUUGGCAGCAUCUGCGAAGCCAACCCUGUUCCUGGGCCGGUGACAGACUACAUUGUGGAUUUUCGGCAACAGAUAAUACCUGGCCCCGCGGGAUCGGGCUAUGGCCCUCACCCGCAAGGCGGUAGUUAUGUCAUAAAUAACUGCAGCCCUACAUCCCCUCCAUUGACGGGUGGCCCGCGAACUGGAACGGGAAAACUUCCGAGAUCGCAAGACAACCAAAACCUCAAAAAUGUUGAUGUUAUUCCUGGUCUGGCCUUUUACGCAUACGCCACUCAGAUCCUCGGAAGCAUCCAAGGAUCAAAUGGCCUACUCCACAUCCAAGCAGCCUUGCUAGCGGGACUUUAUACAGGCCAGCUGGCGCACCCACUCCAGAGUCACGGGUGGAUUCAUCAAGCCUCCAGAGCUUGCGAAUUUCAGAUUCGGUCAAAGCGUUACAGACAAAUGCCUGAUGGGCCCGUUAAAGACCUUUAUGAUUUUGCGUAUUGGACAUGUCUGCAACUGGAGAGGUAUGGCGGCUCCUGCGAUCUUCCCAUCUCUUUGCUCCCUUCUGCGAUUUCUUUCACAUUCUGA